GAGCAAAAACUAUCAGCAAGAUGAAUAGUAUAAUGGUUUUGUUAAGGGUGGGACUCUACAUAAAUCAGAAAUAUUGAAAGAUUCAGACAGUGAUUCAGAUGAAUCUGUAGAACGUGAUUUGUCCCACAAACUUACAGAUGAGGAGUUGUUUAAGCUCUGUGGAGGUCGUACAGCGCACAAAGGAGCACGUCAUGGCCUGAGCAUGUCAGCCAAAUUAGCAAGAGUGCAAGAGCAAGAGCAAAAGCUGAUGGAAAAGUGGAAAAACACAGAAGAAGAACCACACCAGACUGCUGACAGAGAAAUGUCAAACAGUCAGGAAGAGAAGAAGAAGAAAAAGAAGAAGAAAAAAUCAAAGAUGGAUACACAGAUGGAAGAAUCACUCGUCACAGAAGAGGUGGAAGUUCCAGAGGAAGAUGUAUCACUUGCUGCAGUUGGUGAAGGAGCAGAAGGGAAAAAGAAGAAAAAGAAAAAGAGCAAAGACAAAGACCCCUCAGAAAAUGAUGGGAUGGAUGAGACCGUAAGUAGCAUACCAGAAGAGGAAGCCGAGGGAACUCACAAAACCAAAAAGAAGAAAAAACAUGAUAAAGGUAGACAGAAUGAAGAAUGCCCUCCAGUUGCGGAAAUCAUCACAGACAUUCAGGUGAAAAAGAAGCACAAAAAAUCAAAGUAUGUCCAGAGAGAUCCUGAAGAGGAACCAAAUUUCUAUGAGAAAGAAAAUAUGCAAGCAGAAGUAAAUGCAAAAGUUCAAAGCAGUGAAGAUGAAAAAAAGACAAAGAAAAAGAAGAAAAAGAAACAUCAUAGAGAAUUAAGUGAAGACCAAGAAUUAAGUAAUAGAGAAGAAAGUAAUAAACCAAAAAAGAAGAAGAGAAAGAAAGAAAGAAAUGUAGAGUAACAAAAUAUAACAAGAAAUUAUUGGGCUUUUUUAAUAAAAUCAUUAGAAGUACUGAUUGUAUUUUGCAAAGCACAGAUUUCAUGAAUAACAUUAACCAUUUCUUUUCACAUUAAGGUAUCAUUCAUUUAUCACACAUAUACAAGCCUCAUCAUUAGAAUAAAAUUUAGAUCCACAUCCCA